CCCAUAAAACGAUACAACCUGCCUGCGAGCUCCAGCUUCCCAGUCGUUUUGAAAAGGAAGACCCGCUCGCUCGAUACCCUCCGCAGAAGGUACUUUACGAGUUUUAUAUUCAAAGUGGAGAUCUGUCAACUUCUAUAGGUUUCAUGAGAAGUUAGGGUUUAUUGUAAUCUUGCGGUUUCUUCUUGGUCAAUUGGUAGCUUUGUAUUUUUGUGUUUCAGAAGAUGUUGCCUCUUUCUCUACUGAAGACGGCACAGGGUCAUCCUAUGUUGGUAGAACUGAAGAAUGGGGAGACCUACAAUGGGCAUUUAGUGAAUUGUGACACUUGGAUGAACAUUCACCUUCGUGAAGUUAUCUGUACCUCAAAGGAUGGAGACAGGUUUUGGCGAAUGCCAGAAUGUUACAUCCGUGGGAAUACAAUUAAGUAUCUUCGAGUUCCAGAUGAGGUGAUUGAUAAAGUACAGGAAGAAACCAAGAGCCGAUCAGAUAGGAGGCCUCCUGGAGUAGGCCGUGGAAGGGGAAGAGGGAGAGAGGAUGGUGCUGGUGGGAGGCAGCCAAAAGGCAUUGGGCGUGGCCAAGACGAUGGAGGGGCUAAAGGCAUGGGUGGAGGCCGAGGCAGGGGUGGUACUGGUGGCAAGAGUGGUGCCAACAGAGGUGGAGGUCGUGGUCGUGGCUGAUACGAAGUAAAGGAUUGGACACCGUGUUUGGCACUUGCAAAGGUGCACUGUUCCUUGCAUGCUAGUGACGAGUGAAAAGUGGUGGAUAUAAUAUGACUGUUGGUGGUUGGAGUUGUUUCAGACGAAACAUUUGUUCCGAGGGGCUAGAUGUGGCAUUUGAAAAGAGGAAAAGAGGGAAAAAAGAGGAGGUAAAAUUUUGUUUCCAUGGUGACUUAUUUCAGUUUUCCUUUCCUGGUUUGAAGAUGGUGAUAUUGUAUGGUGGUUGAAACAUAAUAGUCGACUCACCCUUAUAAUUCCAUGUACAGUUUAUUUUGUUUCCCAAUUCCUAUAAUGCCAAAAAUGCUCUCAAGGGUUGUUUGAA